GAGCUGACGACAACACAACAUACGACUGUGACAAAAGGAAAAGGAUGCGUUUGUAAACAUAUUGGCACACUGGUAGGGCUUACGUGGUUCAAUUGCAGCAUUACACGUGUCCUAGUGAGUAAACUAUCUAGCAGGUUGACAGGGGAAAGCAAACAAAUUGAUCCUAUUCGGUUUCCUUGCUACAUGUUCGGAAACUCCGCAACAGCGUUAACUCAAGGCCAUGAAGUUCUCAGCAAUUUUUAUUUUUACAAUAACAUGGACACUAAAUGGAGUUGUGGCUCCACCUGUGACCUCAAGCACCACCAAAAGUCCUAAUGACAUUAACAGUGCAGAUCAUGAAGCUCAGGAUGAUUUCAAUGUGGAAUAUGACAGAUAUUUGAAGGAAGUUGUGCAAGCUCUAGAAAGUGAUCCUCAAUUCCGAGAAAAGUUACAAAAAGCUGAAGAUGCUGAUAUAAGGUCUGGAAAAAUAGCUCAUGAACUGGAAUAUGUGAGCCAUGCAGUCCGGUCCCGUCUUGAUGAAGUGAAAAGAACUGAAAUGGAACGACUCAGAAAGUAUGCUCGGAAAGCGUAUGAGCUGCAGCAUGGCAUGGACACAGAGCACCUAGGAAUUCAGAGUGUUCCAGACCCAGAACAUAUAGAUGAUGGCAAUCCUGACACAUUUGAAAUAGAGGACUUGAGAAGACUCAUAGCUAAGACAACGAAGGACCUAGCAGAAGCUGAUAAGAAGAGACGUGAAGAAUUUAAGGAAUAUGAGAUGCAGAAAGAAUUUGAAAAGCAUGAAAAGGUCAAGAACAUGACUGAAGAGGAGAAGAAAAAGUUUGAGGCACAAGAGCAUGAUAAGGAAGAGAAGCAUAAAAAACAUGAUCCUUUGCAUCAUCCUAUAAGCAAGCCGCAGCUUGAAGAAGUAUGGGAGAAAAGUGAUCAUAUGGAAAACCAAGAAUUUGAUCCCAAAACUUUCUUUUAUUUGCAUGAUUUGGAUGGAAAUGGAGUAUGGGAUUUUGAUGAAGUGAAAGCACUAUUCUUAAAAGAAUUAGACAAAAUGUACCAAGCUGGAGCUCCUGAGGAUGAUAUGAGGGAGAGAGUUGAAGAAAUGGAACGAAUGAGAGAACAUGUUUUCCAGGAGGCAGAUGUUAAUAGAGAUGGCCUCAUCAGUUAUGAAGAGUUCCUUGCUCAGACACAAAAGAAGGAUUUCAAUAGUGAUCCAGGAUGGGAAACUUUGGACCAGCAACAAGCAUAUACCCCUGAAGAGUACCAUAAAUUUGAGAUGCAGAGGCAACAUGAAAUUGAAGCUAUGAUUGCUGAUGGCAGGCUCCCUCAAUAUCACGGACAAAAUAUGCAGUAUGGUGGACACCCUCAACAGCAGUUCCAAGGUCAUCCCCAACAGCAGUUCCAGGGUCACCCACAACAGGGACACGCUCAACAGCAGUUCCAGGGUCAUCCACAACAGGGUCACCCUCAGCAAUUCCAAGCACACCCGCAGCAAGGACAGCCCCAACAGUUCCAAGCCCACCCUCAGCAAGGACAGCCGCAACAGUUCCAAGCCCACCCGCAGCAAGGACAGCCCCAACAGUUCCAAGCCCACCCACAGCAAGGACAGCCCCAGCAGUUCCAAGCCCCAGCCCCAACAGUUCCAAGCCCACCCACAGCAAGGACAGCCCCAACAGUUCCAAGCCCACCCACAGCAAGGUCAUCCACAACAAUUCCAAGCUCCCCCUCCUCCUCAGCAGUACCAAGGUCAACCUUAUCAGGGUCAGCAACAUCAGUUCCAGCCUCCCGCGCAGCCACUUCACAACCAGCCUUCACCAGCAGGCUCUGCUAAUAGUCAUAUCGCUUCUCAGCAAGCAGCAGCAAGUCAUCAAUCAGCACAACCCAAUCAGCAAGUACCACAACCACCUCAGGCAGCAGCACAACCUAGUGUCAAUAGUAACAACGGUCCUGAACAGCCAAGUCAAGUAGUCAAACAGGUCUAAUUUUCAAACAUUUUUUAGACAAUCUUAUUUUUGUGAUAACCAAAUUACGAUUUCUCUCUGGCCUAUCAAAACAAUCUUGUUGCCACAUUUUAUCAUCACAUCUAUUUUAGUUUAUCAGUUUUGCAGGCUGAAGAAAUUUAUUUAGGGAGUAUGAAAGGAGACUUCCUCUUGUCCUGUUUCAUUAAAGUAGUAUACUUAUAUGAGAGGAUUUUGUUUGACUGUACAUGGUAGUGCUCUCUAGACUGAUUUUUAAGAAAACGGUUCAUAUUAAGUUUUGCGUUUAAUCUAUUUUCUUGUUUAGCAAGUAAAAAUGUACAAAACUAACCCAACCAUUGCUUGAAGCAUAUAAUUGGGUUUGUUGAACGGUUACCAUGUACAAAGUGGAUUUAAUUUACCACUGUUUUAGACCAUUUUGUUUUUCUUUGUGUGUUAAAGUUGUGAAAUGCAUUUAACUUGCCAGCUCAGUAUUUCCAGUUCCCUAAUAAUCACAAUCUGUCCAUCAAGAUUGUAGUUUCAUUAAUUGCACAUUUAUUUUCAUAAAUAAUUAGAAUUCAUUUCAUCCAUUGUAAGAUUUUUGAUUGGAACUGGUUGCAUAGAUAUUCUAAAUUGCUGGAAACCCUGGAUGUGCCAAACAUUUUUUCAAUAUGUAUGAUGUGCUGUGUUAAAAUAAAUGAUUCUAUCCUGCA